UCUCUGUAGUACAACAACAUCAGUAGCGAGUAUGACUACUAAUACUACGGCCGAUGCCAACAACUAUAACAACAACAUCAACAACAAUAACAACAACAACGAUAACAAUAAUAAUUAUAAUAAUGGUGAUGAUAUUAACAAUAAUAAUAACGAUGGUGAUGAUGAUAACAAUUACAUCAUGAACAGCGACACCAAGGACGACGAUGAUCAAAAUAAAUUUGCUAGUAGUAAAAUUAAUACUACUACUACUACUACUACUACUACUACUACUACUACUGCUGCUGCUGCUGCUACUGCUACUACUAAUAACAAUAAUUCAAAUACUACUACUAUUACUCCUACUACAACUACUACUACUACUGCUUAUAAUAGUGCUAAUAGUAACAAUAGUCCAAACGACGGUGAAUUAUUCGGCGAUGACGACGAUGAUGACGUCAACGAUCCUAGUUCGAACAUUCUAUCACCAGAUGAAGAUGGCGAUUAUCCAAUCCACGUGGCUGUUGCGAAAAAUGACAUCAACAAUGUUGUCCGCAUCAUAAGGUUGAUGCUACGUCUCAAUUGUGACAUCAACUGUAAGGACGCCUCUAAGCAAACAGCACUGCACAUAGCCAUCCAGUCGAAACACAACGAAAUUGCAAAAAUUCUUUUGAUGUUCGGGGCCAAUGCCAACAUCCUGGACAACAAGGGGCAGACGUGUCUGCAUCUUGCUGUCGCCAACAACAACCGCGACGGAUUAAUCAUCCUCAUGAGACAUUCUCCUAAAUGCAAACUGGAUUUCAACGUCAAAAACUACGAAGGACUAACCCCGCUACACUUGGCAGUAACGAAACGAGACAUCAACCUUCUUAGAACCUUACUGGAAAACGACAUCGAUCUAAACACGAGAGAAGGCAAAAGCGGUCGAACUGCCCUCUUCAUGGCGGCCGAAACGAACCAACCAAACCUACUCAACGAACUCCUGUUUAGGGGUGCCUCUGAUAAUGUGGCCGACUACUCCGGCUGCACCCCGCUACAAGUGGCUUCUUGCAAAAAUUACAACAAAAUUGUCUACGAUCUGAGAAGAGCUUCUGAAAAUAGGAUGAACUAGAACGCUCGGCUAUAAUGCAAAUCGAAAAUCGCGCUAAGUUACGAAAAUAAUUUGUCCAAUUUAUAGAAGAGUAGUUGAUCAAAAGUUAAACUACUGUACCCGUAACUAAUUAGUGAUUACUGUCUAGUUAUCGUUGCUAAGUAUGACGCCCACACACACACACACACACACACACACACCUAAAUACACACAUACGCACACAAACCUGAAUACAAAUGCAUGAGUGUAAAAAUACCUGCGACAUUACAUAGUUAAAAUUAUUAUUUCAAACAACUCUCACAUUCAUCUACAAUUAUUCUUUGACAAUUUAAACUCCGAAUGAAAACUUUAAUGAUAGUAAUUACCGGCUUAAUGGUAGAUAUCAGACUAUACAGUAUAUAGAGAUACAGAUAUAUACAUAUAGAUGUACCAUUGACAUUAGAAAACGUAGCAGUUAUUUAAUCUAAUUUUCAUAAUUCAAAAUUAUUUUGUUUGAUUUUCUUCAGUUUUUUUUUUUUUGUUAAUACUUCUAUGGACCGAGAAUGAAACACACGUGGUACCAAAAUGACAACCACAAACGCG